GUGUCAGGUGUGGGCUCAGUCCUUGGACUUUGGUGCGUCUUGGCAUCUACUUUAAGCUUCCUAUUCAACACUUGUUGCGAGUGACUGUCACAACCGAGAAAAAACAAGACAACGAUGCAACCAACGCUCCCUCUUCCCUCUCCUUGUUACCUUCAUCACCCUCAUUGGACAAACCAAAUCACUUGAACCUCCUCGCUUUUUCACCCACUUUUUCAUUCCUCUUUGCCAAACCCAAUAAUUCAAUCUCCCUUUUCACUAUCAACCGCAAGUACAAGGGUUUUCUUCCCCUCAACAAGAUAUUCUUUUUGGGAGAGACUCCUGUUUGAAGCAUUGUGAGAUACUAAAAGGGGCACAUCUCUCAUAAAAAUCCAAACUUGAUUCGCUAUUUUGUGAGAGUAUAGCUAUUCCGUUGGAUUAUUAGCAAUUUUUUUUUUUGUUGGGUCGGCAUGGGGCCUGAACAUGGUGAUUCGAACAUGCUUUCGUUUCUGCCCGAUGAUGUUUUCGCCAUCGUUUCCCGGUUCCUGUCGCCGAGAGACGUGUGCAAUUUGUGUCUGUGUUGCAAGAGUUUAAACGCUCUUGUGGCCUCUGAGAAGCUCUGGCUCUCGCAAUGUGACGUUUUGGGCAUAGUGCCCCAUAAGGAUCUCGUGGAAUGGCGAAAGGGUGUGGCUUCUUACAAAGCGCUUUGUCGUUUCCUGAUGAGUGUUCAGCCCUUGAUUGGGAUAUGGGUUCAUCAGAAUCCCGAGCUUGGGAACGUGGUGUAUGCUAUGCCUGGUUUUGUUUCUGUUGUUGGUUGCAGGAUAAUUCCCCAGGAGCUUGGUCCUUUGGGGAUUGAAGAGGGUCCCAUACUGUGGGCUUCUGUGUUUGAGGUUAUUAGUGAUUUCGAUGGUUCCAUGAUGUUUUUUCUUCAUGGAAGGGAUAAGGGGGUUAAUUUUGUUUAUCCGGGUUCGGUCAGGCCUAUAGACAAGUCCUGCAAUGUGCUAUUGCUCGAGGUUGAGCCUGUGGGAUGUAAGAGUGUUAGUGCUUUGUUGCAGAGUAAAAGCUCGCACCACUCUGGCGGCGGGGAGUCGUCAAGGAAGGUUUGUAGGUCGAAUAGCGAUGUUUCUAGUUCACAAAGGGUGGUUGGAAAUGGGGAUGGGGUGGUUACCUUUGGGAAGUUAGCGUUUAGUGAUAGGAGAAAGUUGCUUGAGGUUACUACUAGCGAAGUUCGAGUAAGGGUUCCGGAUAAGAUGGUUGGGCCUUUGUUUCCCGGGGUGAGGGAUGAUGAGGAGACUUUUCAGAAGGAUUUGGUGCUCCUGUGGGAAAGGAGAACAUUCCUCAGUCAAAUGUACAAGCUUGGUGGUGGUCAGAUUGAUGUUUUUAAGACGAGUUCUCAGGAGGCUGUUGGUCCAGUCCACUUAGAAUUGGAUGAUGUCAGGGCGAGUUUUGGCUUUUCAAGGUCUGUCUCUAAUCCUCUGCCUGAGGAGGAUCGUAACACUCAAUGCAUCAAGAGGAGAGGUCUUGGGGGAUAUGUCUGGAAUGGCAUUAAACAAAUGCUUGGAAGAUCAAAUUCCAUGAAUGGCAGUCAACCAGUUUCCAAGAAGAUUAUCUCAAGCGGCGAGAUUAGGCAGGCACGGCUUAAAGAAUUUCUUAGAUCAAGUGACACAAUAAGACUAUCGUUAAAAGCUUCGACUGUGAAGCUAUCUUCCUAUCGAGCAUGGCCAAAUAUGCACGACAGUCGGUUUGCGCUUUACAAGUUGCCAUUGCGAGUUCCCAGAGAUGACCAUGAAUAUGCUGGUUUAUGGGGAGGGACUUUUGGUUGGCCUCCCGGAAAGCCUUCUGAAGACAAGCCUUCAAAGGCCUUAUUCUUUCUUCUGCUAUCUUAUGAGGAGUUCCAGGGACAACAGCUUCUCAUUGCAACCAAAAUAUUGGAAGGCACCCACUAUGUCCUUCAUCCUAAUGGUUCAGCAAUGUUUAUAGCAAAUAUCAAUGAUCCUUCAUCUGAACCCUUUCCCUGGGACACUGAUGCAGACUCGGUUCCAGUGAAUAUCAAGCAUGUUUUCAUGGGGGAGGGUAUUGCAAGUGGUUAUGGGUUCAGAUACCCUGGCUCAAAGCCUGGUUCCCUCUUUGUUUUUGAAAAUGGCAUUCUUGCCUUCAUUUGGAAGGAGUCAAGAGCUGUUUUGACCUUGCAUAGACUUAAUUUGCAAGAACUUUUGAAGAAGGGUGAAAGGGUACAUUGUCUGCCUCCUGUUACUAAUUUUUCAUAUCUGACAAAGUCUUACUCUAACGUGUUUGCUGGGUUACCCAGUUCUUCAAAUUGUUUGCCUUCACCAAGGGAUGGAUAACACUAGUAUAUUAGUGGGCUUAGGAUGUAGUCCCAUAUUACUAUGAUCGACAAAGAAGCUAUAAAAGCUUCAUCGCUGUUGGUGGUUGUGGGAAUUGCAUUGCUUGUGGCUGUCUCAUGUUAUGUUUUCUUGUUGCUACUUCUUGUGAGACCAAAGAUGUAGGUAAUCUUUGUUAAGUAAUGAAUUUAUGAUGAAAAUAUGAAUUACUUUUGUUGUGAUUUAUCAUCUCAUGUU